CGGAGCCACCCGUGUCGCCGAGUGUCGCGAGUGCUGUGUCGUGCCAUGUGCAGUGCGAGUGUGUAGUGAGUGACACCCGCCGCAGCCGCCCCCGUCCAGUCAGCGGCGCGUGAUGGCGCAUGGAGCGGUUGCGGACGGCGUGGUGCGCGGCCCUGACGCUGGCGGUGCUGGCGGCGGCCGGCCCGCGCUACAGCUCGCGCAUCGUGCACACUCACGCCGGCGCAAUCCGCGGCGUGAUCGUGGAGCCGCCGUCGCGGCGGCUGGAGCCAGUGGAGGUAUUUCGGGGAGUGCCGUACGGCGCGCGGCCCCCGCGGCUCGGCCCCCCGCCGCCCCCCGCCCCUUGGCCCGGCACGCGGCUGGCCGACAGCUUCGCGCCCGUCUGCCCACAGCAGCCGCCCGACACGCGCAACCGCACCGCGGCGCUGCAAGAGAUGCCGCUGGCCGCCUACCGCGAGCUGCUGGCCGCCGCGCCGCACUUGCGCAACCAGAGCGAGGACUGCCUCUACCUCAACAUCUACGUGCCCGGUAGCGGUGCGCGAGGCGUGGAGGCGCCGUACGCCGUGGUGGCCUGGCUGGGCGGUGCGCACGAGUGGGGCUCCGGCAACACGCUGGACGGCGCCGUGCUGGCGGCACGCGCGCACCUGCUCGUCGUCACCCUCAACCAUAGGCUGGGGCUGCUCGGCCACCUGACGCCGGGCGGCGCGGACGCGGCCACGCAAGCGGGCGGCGCCGCGGCGCUGGACGUGGCGGCGGCGCUGCGAUGGCUGAGCGACAACGUGGCGGCCUUCGGCGGCGACCCCGCGCGCAUCACGCUCGUCGGCCACGCCGCCGGCGCCGCGCUCGCCAACGUCGUGCUCAUGCUGCCGCUGCCCAAAGGGCUGAUAUCUCGGGCGCUGCUGCUGAGCGGGUCGGCGCUGGGCCCGGCGUCGCUGGCGCCCGACGCGGCGCUGGCCCGCGAGCGCGCGGCGCAGGCGCUGCGCUGCGAGCGGGAUGACGCCAGCAACGCCGACACACACGCCGACGGCGACGACCACUGGCUGGUGCGGUGCGUGCGGUCGCGGCCGCUGGCGGCGGUGCUGGCGGUGCGGGCGCCGCGCGCGCGUUUCCUGGCGGGGUGGGCGCCGAGCGUGCCGCGCGCGGCGGACGGCGCGCCGCAGCCCGCCGCGCGCGCUCUGCACGCCAGCGACGCUUUCCUCGACUGCGCGCUCGCCGUCGUCGUCGCCACCACCGAGAGCUCCGACUUCUUCGGCGAGGACGAUAUCCGGCACGGCUUCGAGGAGGAGCAGAGAAAUCGCAUCCUCCGGACGUACGUGCGCAACGUGUACCGCUACCACCGCAACGAGAUCUUCGCCGCCAUCCGCAACGAGUACACGGACUGGGAGAAGCCCAUCCAGCACCCCAUCAACAUCCGCGAUGCCACGCUGGAGGCGCUCAGCGACGCCGCCGCCGCGCCCGCGUUACGCGUGGCGCAGGCGCACGCCCGCCGCGGCGCGCCCACCUACUUCGCGCACCUCGCCCACGCCACGCGCGACCCCGACUACCCGCAGCGGCUGGGCUCGCUGUCGGCCGAUACGCUGUGGUACUUCCUGGGCCUGCCGCUGGUCGGCGGCGCGCGCAACUACUCGCGCGCGGACGCCGGCGCGGCGGACGCGGCCGUGCAGCUGCUGGCCGCCUUCGCCAAGACCGCCGACCCCGCCGACCCCGCCGCCCCUGCCCGCCCCGACCGGCCCGCAUGGCCGCGCUACGACCUCAACACGCAGCAGUACGUCAGCAUCGGUUCGAAGGUCCGCGUGAAGAGCCACUACCGCGGGCACAAGAUGGCGCUGUGGCUGCACCUGGUGCCGCAGCUGCACCGGCCCGGCGCCGCGCCGCGUCACCACCAGCUGCGCGCGCCGCACCCCGACAUGUUCGCCGGCGACGUGCUGCCGGAGCUGGCGACGACGGCGGCGACGGCGGGCGACGACGACGAGGCCGGCGACGAGGCGGCGGGCGAGGCGGGGGAGGAGGGAGGCGCGGAGGAGUGCGAGCCCUCCCCGCCCGCGCGCCCCGCGCUCGCCGCCCCCCCGCCCACGCCGCGCGAGGACUCCCUCACCACGCUCGACGCGCAUUACUACAGCUACACGGUGGCGCUGGGCGUGACGGUGGGCGCGGGCUGCUGCCUGCUGGCGCUCAACCUGCUGGUGUUCGCUGGCAUCUACCUACAGCGUGGCCGCCGCCGGCCCCCCCGCGCCGCUCGCGGGCCCUCCGCACCCCCCGCCGCCCACACCGCCCCCGCCAGCCCGCGCAAAAGCUCGCUAAAGGUAACCCUAUCGCUCCCCGCUGUUUGGUGGGUGGUGUUUGUACAAUAA